AUGACCGUGAACAUGGCCUACAGCGAAGGCAUCACUGCGUCCACCGUGGCACUAGGCGCCAUCGCCGCCAUCGCCAUCUACCUCAGCGCCAAGGUCACCUACCGCCUGUACCUGCACCCGCUAUCCCGCUUCCCCGGCCCCAGGCUCGCCGCCGCGACCUACCUGUACGGCGCGUACUACGAUGUGGUCCAGGAGGCGCAAUUCGUGUUCAAGUUGGACGCCCUGCACGACACCUACGGCCCCGUGGUGCGCAUCAGCCCCGGCGAGGUCCACGUUCGCGACUCCGGCUUCUUCGACACCCUGCACCCAGGCCCCGGCGGCAGGAAGACGCACCGCGACAAGUGGUACCGGGCCAACCGCGCCAAUGGCGCACCGGGCUCGCUCGCCUCCGCGGAGGCCCAUGCCCUCCACCGCGCCCGUAGGGCCGCCGUCAACCCGUACUUCUCGCGGGCGGCGAUCGCGCAGCUCGAGGCCGAGUCUAUCCGCGCUAAGGUGGAGCUGUUGUGCGAGCGACUGCGGGAGCACGCGUCCCCGUCGUCUGCUGCGGCUGGGGGUGCUUCGGCCGAGGGAGGCGGGGAGGUGGUGGACGUGGGCGCGGCUAUGACAGCCUUGACCCUGGACGUCAUCUCCGAGUACUGCUACGGCGACUGCUACGACUGCCUGCGGGACCCGGCCUUCGCGCCGCAGUGGAAGCGCGCUAUGCAGGGCGGGUUCGAGUCCACCAACGUCACCAAGCACUUCAUCUGGCUACUGCAGCUGAUUAAUAGCCUCCCCGCCUGGCUGGCCGUCAAGAUGAACCCGGACAUCGCCGUCUUUGUGGAGUGGAAGGACCGCCUCAGGGCCCAGGCCAAGGCCAUCUACGCCGAGCAACAUCAACAGCAGCAGGCCGGUCUGGACAAAGACGGGAAGGGGGUUUGGGAGAAAGAGGAGGUGGAGGAGAAGCAGAAUCAGCCCCGGCCCAAGACCAUCUUCCACGGCAUCAUGCAGGCCGACCUCCCACCCGCGGAGAAGACGGCCGACCGCCUGGCGGACGAGGCGUUCGUGCUGCUCGUCGCCGGCGCCGAGACCACCGCGCGCACGCUGUGCGUCAUCCUCUGCCACCUGCUGUCCAGCCCCCCUGUGCUCGCCAGGCUGAGGGCGGAGCUGGACCCCGUCAUGCAGCAGCACCAGCCCCAGCUCCCGCCGAGCCGCGUCCUGGAGGAGAUACCGCUGCUGAGGGCGGUGGUGCAGGAGGGCACGAGGCUCGCGGAGCCAGUGACCAACAGGCAGAUCCUCGUCGCGCCGGAGGAGGAUCUCGUCGUCAGCAGCAGCGGCAACGGCGGCGGGGGUGCAAUCGUGAUCCCGCGCGGCACCCCCGUCUCGCAGACGUUCCGUGACGUCCUGCUGGACCCGGAGAUCUUCCCGGAGCCGCGGAGGUUCGACCCGGACCGGUUCGCGAGGGCGGCGGCGGAGGGAAACAGGCUCGACAGGUACCUGGUGAGCUUCUCGCGGGGUGGGCGGUCGUGCGCGGGUGUCAACCUGGCGUACGCGGAGCUAUACCUGACGGUGGCCGCGCUGGUUGGCCGGUUCGACAUGGAGCUGUUUGACUUUGACAGGGCCAGGGACCUGGACGUCGUGAGGGAUAAGUUCAUCGGCAUGCCUUCCAAGGAGGCGAGGUCUAUCCGGUUCAGGUUUCGGCCGAGGGGCUCUUAG